AUGGACACCCUCCGUGAAUCAUCCCUCGGCGACUUCCUCCGCCUCGUUUCCCGCAACCAGUGGCUCCGCCACCCGGAGGAGAAGCCCGACUUUGUUGUGCCACCCCAGUACGCCGGUCAGCUGCCUCUCACCACCGCGCAGACCAAUGUCAGUGAUGACACCGAUGCCCCUGCCACAACCGAGACGACCAAGAAGGGCGGAAUCCCCCAUGCCACACUCGCCGCCAACGCCGUCAUUGUGACCUGGUACGGAGACAACGACCCUGCCAACCCGCAGAACUGGAGCUUGCCCAAAAAGCUCUGGGUCCUCUUUGUCAUCAUGUUCUACACAUUUGCGGUCUACGUUGGCUCGGCGAUCUUCGCCUACGCGGUUUACGAUGCCGCCGAGUACUUUGACGUCAGUGUCACGCUUGCCACAAUCAAUGUGACGCUGUUCGUUGUUGGCUACGCCCUCGGCCCGCUUGUUCUCGCCCCACUCUCCGAGGUGGCAUCGAUUGGCCGUAACCCACCUUACAUCGUUUCGCUCGCCAUCUUUUGCAUUCUCCAGGUUCCGACUGCGCUAAGCACCAACUUUGCUGGUCUUUGCGUCCUUCGCUUCCUUGCUGGGUUUGUUGGAUCCCCGCCUCUCGCGACCGGUGGCGCAAGCAUUACCGACAUUUUCUCUCCCCAAAAAGCUGGCUACGGCAUUGGGAUCUACGGUAUCGCUGCAGGAGUUGCCCCAGCCCUCGCCCCGUCCAUUUCUGGCUUUGCUGUGAUUAGGUUUGGCUGGCGCUGGGCCUUCUGGGAGCUCCUCAUCAUGUCCGGUGCUGGUCUCGUUUGCCUCUUCGUUGGUCUUCCGGAGACCUCUGCCGACAACAUUCUUUACCGCCGCGCUCAGCGCCUCCGCAAACUCACCGGCAACGAGUUCCUCCGCUCCGAGGCCGAGCUGGCCGAGGCUGAGAAGUCGUUUGCCAGCGUCAUGCAGGAAGCCCUCGUCCGCCCCAUCGUCAUGACUCUCACCGAGCCCAUUAUUCUCGCCAUCAACCUUUACGUCGGUCUCACGUACGCCAUCCUCUACUCGUACCUCGAGAGCUACCCAGUGGUUUUCGCCGAGGGAUACGGCUGGAACCUUGGACUGGCAGGCCUUCCCUUCCUGGCUAUCACCGUCGGUGGCCUGGUCUCCUACGUCGUCUACUGCCUCUGGUCCUACUACUCCUGGGAGCCAAAGUUCGUGGCAGCCAAGGGCGAGCUUGCUCCAGAGGCCUACCUUCCGCUGAGUCUCUAUGGUGCCUUCUGCUACCCGAUCUGUCUCUUCUGGUUCGCCUGGACCGCCAACCGCACCUCGUGGGUCUCGCCAACGAUCGCCACUGGCAUCUUCGGUCUGGCCGACUGUUGGUCGUUCAUGCCCUUCCUCAACUACCUCGCUUUUGCGUACCCACGCUACGCUGCCAGUGCGCUUGCAUCCAACGACUUUGUCCGCUCCCUCAUGGGCGCCGCCAUGCCCAUUGUUUCCCGCCCCUUGUUCCACAACCUCGGCGUCGACUGGGGCAACUCUCUCUUGGCGUUCAUCACUAUUCUGUUCAUCCCAAUCCCCUUCGUGCUGGUCAAGUACGGUCCUUGGCUGCGUUCUCGCAGUCGUAUGGCCGAGAAGUACGAGUCGGAUAAUGUGCCUCGCAAGAGUGAGGGCGCUGCCGUGUAA